CUGCCAUUCUCCCUCCUUAUCGCAGUUCUCAUUGUUGCUGUUUUGUGGCCGGUGUGUUUGCUAGUUUACAUUUUUGGUUGUUUCUCUCGCGUAGAGCUUUUCUCGUGGAAAUUUUUCGAAUUUUACGCAACGAAUUUCAUUACACAGAUAAUCGAGAUAAUUGAGAAAAAACGAGGGAGAUUUGUCGGUGGAGGUUGUCGGCGGUGGCGGGGAAGAUGGAAAAUUUGGAGGAGGUAUUGCAGGCGCUCGACGAGUUCCAGAAGAUGCGUCCCACGGUGAUUCCACAGGAGUUGGAAGAUUAUUUAUGUUGGGUCGCCAAGACGGGCGAUCCCGUCUACCAAUGGCCGUUGAUCAAAACGCUCUUCAGAGAGAAGCUUACUCGUGUAAUGACAGACUUUUACGAGAACUGUCCCAAUUUAGAAUUCGCAACCUGUCCUAAUGUGGAACACUUCAACUAUGACGCUAUGAAGAGCAAUCUUCUCGAGAGACUCGAGUCGUUCGCUAACGCCCCGUUCACCGUUCAACGGAUAUGCGAGUUGCUGACAUCGCCGCGUAAAGAGUACAAUCGCGUGGAUAAAUUUAUGCGCGCCAUCGAGAAGAACAUCCUGGUGGUUUCGACGCGCGAACCAGGACCUAUAGCUCGACGCGGUGAAACGGGAGACGGUAUGGUCAACGGGUCCGUCGAGGAAGACACUGCCUCGGUUACGCAGCAGCAGCCACCGCCACCUCCGCCGUCACCCUCUCCGUCUUUGUCACCGUCACAGCUACCAUCAUCACCGUCGCAGCCACCGCAAACAACUCAACCAGUACAACCGACCUCGCAGGAUGUCGAGAUGGAAUAUUGGGAGAAGGACUGUACCUCAACUGUCACCAUCAGCGUGCACACUGUUACUGAAAACGAACCUGCUCUUCUUCACAACGAUGUACCAACCACUGGUUCUCCGGUGACUAAAAGCGUAUUUACCGAGACUGCUCGAGAGAAACUAGAGCAAGCAUCUUCUAGAACAGAAAUCGCACCGUCUAAUUAUAUUUCUGCUGCUUCAGAGUUCUCGUCUGUGUCGAAUUUAACUUCGCAGUCACACGAACCGGUAUUGCCAAACGUUUCUGCUGUUCCGAUUGUACAGAAUCUACCAGCUGUUGGAACGAUGAUCACGGACAAGAUCACCAGUGACUCGUCCGUCAGUGCUACUGAUAUAGCAGAGGUGAUUAUGAAUGAGGACACUAAUUCUCAACCCAAUUUAGAUAUAGAGAAUGAGGAAAUUGAAGCAGUAACAAUAGCGAGUUCCACGACGACAACUGCGACGACGAUACCGACGACGUUGACGACGGCGACGACCGCGGCAACAACAACAGCAACAUCGACGACGUCGGCGGCAACAACAACAGUCACUGUAGUGGCAACGGUAAUACCGUUGACGACAGAUACUACGCGAAAUCUACAAGCUGCUUUCCAAGCGAAACGCUUUGAAUCAGAUAGCGAUAACAAAUGUUUGGAUAAUAAAUCCGACGAGAAAGCACCAAUUCAGUCGACGAUAAUCAGCGUGGAAGACGAAGGAGUCGGGCAUUCCACGAAAAGCGAGGAAACUGCGUUGAACAAAUUGAAUUCCGAAUGUGUGGAUUCAAACGAAAUGUCUUGUAAUGAAAAUAGAUUAACUGAAAAUUUAUUACAAACGGAUAUCGAUAUGAGAUCCGACGCUUUGGAAAAUAAUAUCGAAAGUAAUAAUAUGAAAGAAAUAAAUGCCGAAGAAAUAGUUUCAAAUAAACCAGAAGAAGAGAGUACAUCAGUUCUCGAGGAUACAGACAAAGAAAAUUUAGGUUCCAAGAAUAAUGACAAGAUAAAAACAGCAAUGUUCGUUGAAUCUGAACUUGAAGAAAAGGAUAGUACAAUUACAUCCGAAGAAUGUAUGAGCGCAGUCAUUGUAUCUAACAGUGAAGCAUUAUAUAAACCAGAGAAAACUGAGAUGCAUUCUAAAGAGGUAUCUGUGAUGAUUUCUUCCAAGGAAAGUUUUAUACAUGACCAAUCCAUAAGCCAAAAAAAGGAGAAUACAGAAGUAACCGAUAAUGUUAUAGAAGCAGUUCCUAGAGUAGCAUCUCCUAAUAGUAAUGAUAAUGAACAAGAAGUAGAGGUUCCUGAACUUAACACGGAUAAUUUGAAAGUUAUGGAAGUUUCCAAUGACAAGGCUCCUCUAGUCGAAUCUAUGAUAUCGCUUCCAGUAAGUACAAUAGAAAAACCUAAAGAAGCAACAUCUGUAAUUGAAAAAUUUGUUUCUGUUUCGCCUACUGUCGAGAUGACAGAAAGCUCUGAUAUCAGUUGUCAAUCUUUAAAAGAUGAAAAAUUAACAGAAAUUCAAGAUGAUAGUUCAACAAAUGUACAAGAUAAUAAAACAAUAUGUAUUACAACAAAAGAAAACCAGUCUUCUGUAAUAGAAAGUAUAAUUUGUUUAAAGGAACAUGAAUCUACAGAAUUAAUGGAAGUUGAUGAGGAAUCACUAUCGACGUUUCAACAGGAUGAACCUAUGGAGCAGGAAACUAUGGAAGAAUUGUCAAAAAGUUAAUCUUGACUUAUCUAAUCAAUCGCUGUUUCUCUCUGUUUAAUAUUUGAUAUCUAUUUUUUAGAUAGAUAUCGAAAUAAGAGCCAACACAUAAAUAUCUUUGCGCAUAAACAAGCUCCUUGUGCGCGAUACGCGUAUAAUUUCUACAACCAUUAAUUAUUAAUUAUUAAUUAUGUGAAAUUUAAAUUUUCAGUCAAUAUUAAGUAGCUUUCAAUGAAGUUGUCUCGACUGUGUGAAUAAGCUCUGGCAUUCACUUAUAAAGAGAUUUAUCGCAAUGAAUUUUCUAACUCUUAAAAGGAAAAGAACACUGCCUACUCCCAAAAGAUUGUAAUACUGAAAAACCGCUUGUGUAUAGAAACCAGAUUUGGUAAACGUUUCAAUAUGGAUUUAUACAAAUACCAUAAAUGUCUGCUUAGAAUAAGGUUGUGCCUAUAAAUAUGAUGUAUAUUGCGUAUUGCACAAGCAUAUCUAAUAAAUUUUUAAAUAACGUGUGUAAGAUCAUUAUAGAUUCGAGCAACAGAUUUCUUACAAUCGAGGUAAACGAAACAGCUUUGUUCAUGUAAUCACAGCCUUAUACUAAGUUUCGAUUAAAU